GGCCGCUGACCUCAGUGGGGGCGCUCUCGCGGCCUUGUCGUAUUACAGAGAUUUUGUGGAAAAUAAAGGGUGUAUGUAACGUAAUUUUGGGAAAUGCACGAACUCUUCCAAGAGCAGAGCAGUCGUUUAUUCCAGUACAUCAUCCGGUACAUGUGUGUUUACUCUCGCUCUCUCUGAAAUCACGUUUUCCUCAUGCUAGUCUUUGUAUGCUCUGAGGUGCGCUUCUGGAAGACAUCAGCUCGACUUAUUAAACUGCGUUUUUCUUUGUCAGGGUCGCAUUUUUUUCCCUUACAGAAACUGUGGUUUCUUAAUUGCUUCACGCUUGGUGUGAACUUUAUUUUUUUGUAUGUGAGAUAAUCGCAACCACUGAAUCGCUAGCUGCUAGCUAGCUCGCUUCAGUCUCGGUCAGUGUGUUGGAGCUGCUGGAAAAUGUCAGAUUUUGACGAGUUUGAGAGACAGCUGACCGAAAACAAGCAAGAGAAUGUGAUCAUGCUGGAUAAAAAUACACACUUCGCUAGAUCUCACAGCUAGAUUCAACAGACAGAGACAAGGAGAACAAGCACCACCGGCGCAGUGGCUCAAGAAGUCGGAGCAGAGACCAGGACAGGAAAAGGAGGAGCCGUGAUCGGCAUGGAGACAGCAAGGACCGCAGACACAGACGCAGUCGCUCUCCACACCGUGAGAAGAAAAAGAUUAUUAAAGUGAAGAAAUAUUGGGAUGUUCCUCCUCCUGGAUUUGAACACAUCACGCCCAUGCAGUACAAAGCCAUGCAGGCUGCUGGUCAGAUCCCGGCCACUGCUCUGCUGCCCACAAUGACCCCUGAGGGUCUGGCUGUGACUCCAACACCUGUUCCUGUCGUGGGCAGUCAGAUGACUAGACAGGCCCGAAGGCUUUAUGUCGGCAACAUCCCAUUUGGCAUCACAGAGGAGUCUAUGAUGGACUUCUUCAAUGCUCAGAUGCGUUUAGGUGGCCUGUGUCAGGCCCCAGGUAACCCAGUCCUUGCUGUUCAGAUCAACCAGGACAAAAAUUUCGCCUUCUUGGAGUUCCGUUCGGUGGAUGAGACGACACAGGCCAUGGCAUUUGAUGGCAUCAUUUUCCAGGGACAGAGUUUAAAGAUUCGCCGACCACACGAUUACCAGCCUCUGCCAGGCAUGAGUGAAAACCCCAGUGUCUAUGUCCCAGGCACGUCUCUCUUUUGCUCCCCCAAUUCUUGCGUCGUCUCCACGGUGGUGCCUGAUUCGGCCCAUAAACUCUUCAUCGGCGGUCUGCCAAAUUACCUCAACGAUGACCAGGUCAAGGAAUUGCUGACGUCAUUUGGCCCUCUGAAGGCCUUUAAUUUGGUGAAAGACAGUGCAACAAGCCUCUCUAAGGGCUAUGCCUUCUGUGAAUAUGUUGACGUCAACAUCAGUGACCAGCACACUUCACAGGCCAUCGCUGGACUAAACGGGAUGCAGCUGGGGGACAAGAAGCUCCUGGUCCAGAGAGCAAGCGUCGGCUCCAAGAACACCACACUGACGGGUAUAAACCAAACUCCAGUUACCCUUCAAGUCCCAGGUCUCAUAAACAACUCGAUGACUCAGAUGGGUGGCAUUCCCACAGAAGUAUUGUGUCUGAUGAACAUGGUGGCUCCAGAGGAGCUGCUGGAUGAUGAAGAGUAUGAGGAGAUUGUGGAAGACGUCAAAGAAGAGUGCUCCAAAUACGGCCAGGUCAAGAGCAUCGAGAUCCCGCGUCCGGUCGACGGCGUGGAAGUUCCCGGCACUGGAAAGAUCUUCGUGGAGUUCAUGUCAAUGUUUGACUCCCAGAAGGCAAUGCAGGGCUUAACAGGAAGGAAAUUCGCCAACAGAGUUGUGGUGACUAAAUACUGCGACCCUGAUGCCUACCACCGCCGCGACUUCUGGUAGAGAUGGGACAGAAUCCAGAGUGAGAGAGACUCGGAGAGAUGCACAUGGUGUGACUUCAAUCUCUCAGAAGCCCCUUAUUUUGUAGAUUUAUGAGGUCUGAGAGGGUCUGAGCAUUUUUUUAAAAACAUGACUUGUGAUUGGUCAGAAUGUAGCGAACCACUCAUUUGUCAUGUUUUUUUUUUCUUGUUUGUUUUUUUAUUUUUUAUUUUUUAUGGCAACAACAAUGGAGUAUGUGCAAAGCUUUAAGAUGGGAAAAUGGACCGUACCGUGUCAUUGUCUACAAAAAAGGAUUCAGCUAGACAUGCCACUAAACUUCCAGUUUUAUUUAGGCCCAUAGUGAAUAUUUUACAUGUGACCUUUUCUCAAUGUUGAAUUUCUGCUCUACAGACUGGUCAGAUAGGAGUGAGAGGAGGAUGUAAAGGAGCAAGUGAGGGAAGAGAAACAAUGACAACUACAAAAAUGAAUGUUACAUUCAAACAAGAAGGUGAGAGUGGGUAUUUAAGGAGAGAACUCCUUGUUAUUUGGAUAUAGUUUUUAUUUAGGCUGUGAAUAAGGUUUCCUGUGUGAAAGUGUAGAGUUCAAAAAGCCAGAGGACUUUCCGGGUCGUCUUUUGACACCAUACAUGUAUGAGGUAAAGCCGCGAUCUUGAAGAGGAUGAACAUCUACACUGUCUUCUAUUUUCCCCCUCCUUCUCUGUCUUUUUCCUGCUAUCUCUCCCUCUUUUUAUAAAUGCUGUACUGUUUCUUGUCAACCCUAUUUUCUAUUUUCCUAUUUUCCUGGCCCGACCUAACCAAAUUUAU